AUGGAUCCUUUUGAUAGUGCUGAAGGUGGAGGUACAGAAUCUGCAAAUAAUGUGCAAGAAUCUGCUCCUUCUAACCCUAUAGAACCUGUGAAGAUGGAAGAUACUAACCCUGAAGUUUUAGCUUCCAAGAAUUCAAAUUCCGAAAGCAGAGAUUCAGACCCCAUCCAAGCUCGAUUUAAUGAUUUGUGCAAGAAUGGAUUGUCGUUGGAUGAGAAUGCUUACACGCAAGCUAUGAAGCUGUUCAAAGAAACCAAACAUCUAUUAAUUUCAAAUGCAUCGGCUAUUGGAAACGGAACACCUGAAGAAGCAGAACAGUUCUGGUUCGCCUUUGUUUUGUACUCCGUGAAAACUUUGAGUGAGAAUAAUUCACAGAUGAGCUCUGAUGAUAAUGGAUUUUCUCUCUUCCAAAUUUUGAGAGCUGCGAAGCUUAACAUUGUAGAUUUUUUCAAGGAGCUUCCUCAGUUUGUUGUUAAGGCCGGUCCAGUUUUGAGUAAUCUUUAUGGCAUAGAUUGGGAAAACAAACUUGAGGCGAAAGAGUUGCAGGCAAAUUUUGAGUACUUGAGCCUGUUAUGCAAGUACUACAAACGUGUAUACCGAGAGGUCUUCUUGACAAGUGAUGCAAAUGCCGAUAAGCAGUCAGCUGUUGCCAGAGGAACUGGUUAUGUGUCAGAGUAUCAUCGUUUUGGAUGGUUGCUGUUUUUGGCCCUUCGUGUACAUGUAUUCAGCCGAUUUAAAGACCUGUUGACUUGUGCAAAUGGCUUGGUUGCCAUAUUGGCAAUUUUAAUUAUUCAUGUUCCUGUUUGCUUCAGAAAAUUCAACAUCCAUGAUUCAACACACUUUGUUAAGAAAGGCAGCAAAGGCGUGGACCUGCUUGCGUCACUUUGCAACAUUUAUGACACCUCAGAAGAUGAGUUGAGAAAAACAAUGGAAAUGGCUAAUGCUUUAAUAGCGGACAUUUUGAAGAAGAAGCCCUGUUCAGCGUCUGAGUGUAGAAAUAAAAAUCUAGAGAAUAUGGAUCCAGAUGGUUUGACCUACUUUGAAGGUCUUAUGGAGGAACCAUCAUUGUCAUCCAGUUUAGAUAUUCUAGAAAAGGAUUACGAUGAUGCAAUUCGGAGUAAGGGUGAACUUGAUGAGAGAGUCUUCAUCAAUGAAGAAGAUAGCUUACUUGGUUCUGGUAGCUUUUCUGGAGGAUCCAUGAAUUUAUCUGGUGUGAAGAGGAAAUUUGAUUCUAUAGCCUCCCCAACAAAGCCAAUUGCAAGUCCGCUCUCUCCCCAUCACACUCCUGCAUCUCAUGUUAACGGUGGUGCUAAUUCAAAGAUGGUAGCCACACCAGUGAGCACUGCAAUGACAACUGCAAAGUGGCUUCGGACCUUUAUUUCUCCACUUCCGUCGAAACCCUCAGCCAAGCUGGACGGGUUCCUGGCAUUGUGUGAUAGGGAUGUUACCAAUGAUGUGGUACGCAGGGCACAAGUCAUAUUGGAGGUUAUAUUUCCAAGUAGUGCCAUGGGAGAACGAUUUGUAACUGGUAGCCUGCAAAGUGCUGACCUCAUGGACAACAUCUGGGCAGAACAACGAAGAUUGGAAGCGCUCAAACUUUAUUAUAGAGUUUUGGAGGCAAUGUGUAGGGCAGAGGCUCAAAUACUGCAUGCUACUAAUUUGACCUCUUUAUUAACCAAUGAGAGGUUCCAUAGAUGCAUGCUAGCCUGCUCUGCUGAGUUAGUCCUGGCAACACAUAAGACUGUCACAAUGUUGUUUCCAGCAGUAUUGGAGAGGACAGGUAUUACAGCUUUUGAUCUUAGCAAGGUGAUAGAGAGCUUCAUUAGACAUGAGGAAUCUCUUCCAAGAGAAUUAAGACGACACUUGAAUUCAUUGGAAGAACGACUUUUGGAGAGCAUGGUAUGGGAAAAGGGUUCCUCGAUGUAUAAUUCUUUGACUGUUGCAAGACCUGCCCUCUCAGCAGAAAUAAAUCGUCUUGAGUUAUUAGCAGAACCCAUGCCAUCUUUGGAUGCAAUCGCCAUGCGUAUUAACUUCUCUUGUGGAGGGUUGCCUCCAGCACCUUCUUUACAGAAGCAUGAGAAUUCACCAGGUCAGAAUGGAGAUAUCAGGUCUCCAAAGAUGGAGCAGAAUUCCUUUACAUCUCCUGUGAAAGAUUGUUUUCUGGCCUUAAGUAACCUUAAGUCAAAUCUGCCAGCCCCGCCUUUACAGUCUGCAUUUGCCAGUCCAACACGGCCAAAUCCUGGAGGUGGAGGGGAAACAUGUGCAGAAACUGGAAUUAGUAUUUUCUUUAGUAAGAUAAUCAAGCUGGCGGCUGUCAGAAUCAAUGGUAUGGUUGAAAGGAUGCAACUGUCUCAGCAGAUCAGAGAGAAUGUUUAUCGUCUCUUUCAACAAAUCCUUGUUCAACGGACAUCUCUCUUUUUUAACCGCCACAUCGACCAGAUUAUCCUUUGUUGUUUUUAUGGAGUUGCAAAGAUUUCUCAACUUAAUUUAACAUUUAGGCAAAUCUUAUACAACUAUACAAAGCAACCACAAUAUAAACCGCAAGUUUUUCGAAGUGUGUUUGUUAAUUGGCCUUCAGCACGCCGCAAUGGGAGGCCAGCACAGGAACACAUUGAAAUCAUACCAUUUUACAAUGAAAUAUUCAUUCCUACUGUGAAAUCUCUGCUAUUCGAGGUUGGACCAGGUCCAACAACUACAAGAGCUAGCGUAGUUCCUGAAGCAAACAAUGACAAUGAUGCUCAAUGUCCUGGAUCACCUAAAGUAUCCAGUUUUCCAAGUCUCCCUGAUAUGUCUCCAAAGAAAGUAUCUGCAGCACACAAUGUUUAUGUCUCUCCAUUGCGAUCAUUUAAGAUGGAUGCUUUGAUCUCGCAUAGCUCAAAAAGCUAUUAUGCUUGUGUUGGGGAGUGUACCGUUGCGUAUCAGAGCCCUUCGAAAGAUCUCACUGCCAUCAACAACCACUUGAAUGGUACGCGAAAGCUCAGAGGCACUCUCAACUUUGACAAUGUUGACGUAGGCUUGGUCAGUGAUUCUAUGGUGGUCAACAGCCUCUACCUUCAGAGUCAAAAUGGAAGUUGUGCAUCCUCAUCAGGUGCACCGGUGAAAACUGAGCAACAGGACUCAUAA